AAACCGGAAGCAGCUACAGCAGCGCCGCUGACAGCCACGACAGCAACAUCUCAUCUCUAUUAGGAUUAAAAUACAAUAAAGUAACAAUAAUGGUUACAGACGUCCAGCUGGCCAUCUUUGCCAACAUGCUUGGUGUGUCGUUGUUCCUGCUGGUGGUUUUAUAUCACUAUGUGGCUGUCAACAACCCCAAGAAGCAGGAGUGAUUUUGCCCUGAUUUAAAAGAAGAAUGAAGAAAGAUGCACCACCCUGGAAACAUUCCCCUCCUGCAGCCCCUUUUGUCCAUUUAAGACAACAAUUUCUGUUCAUGUUGCACACUAAUUAGCAUUUUUAUAAUAAAAUGUAUAA